ACGGGAGAGAAGCCGGGGCCGCCGCCCGCCGCCGAGCAUGGAGUGGAGUUACCUGUUGGAAAUCACCUCGCUGCUCGCCGCCCUGUCCCUGCUGCAGCGCGCCGGGUGCGCCGCCGCCUCGGCCGCCAGCGCCGCGUCCUCGUCCUCCUCCUCCUCGGCCAAGGAGCUGUCGUGCCAGGAGAUCACCGUGCCCCUCUGCAAGGGCAUCGGCUACAACUACACCUACAUGCCCAACCAGUUCAACCACGACACGCAGGACGAGGCCGGGCUGGAGGUGCACCAGUUCUGGCCGCUGGUGGAGAUCCAGUGCUCCAGCGACCUGCGCUUCUUCCUCUGCAGCAUGUACACCCCCAUCUGCCUGGAGGACUACAAGAAGCCACUGCCGCCCUGCCGCAGCGUCUGCGAGCGGGCCAAGGCUGGCUGCGCCCCGCUCAUGCGGCAGUACGGCUUCGCCUGGCCGGACAGGAUGCGCUGCGACCGCCUCCCCGAGCAGGGCAGCCCGGACACGCUCUGCAUGGACUACAACCGCACCGACCUCACCACGGCCGCCCCGCCGCCGGUGGUCCGGCUGCCGAGGGGCCGCCCAACACCACCGCCCGCCUUCCCCGCGGCGGGAAACCUGCCCCCGGCAGCGGCGGGGAUGCGCCGGGAGCCAGGCCCCUCCGCGCCGCAGCGUCUCCUGUGUGCCCCCUUCGAGGGCGGCCCGGGCGGGUCACUCCGCCCUCGGCGGUUCCCGCAGCCAAGUCGCCGCCCCCGGGCUGACGGGAGGGCUCGGGCGGCCGCGGCCCAGCGGGAACCGGGCAGCGGGAGCUCGGCCCCUCCGCGGGGGGCUCGAACCGAGCGGCGGCGCACGCACACACCUGCGGCGGGGGCUGCUCUGCCGGUGGCCGCGGCGGCCCCCCCACAGCUGGCGGUGGCCGAGCACGUUCGGUACGAGAGCACCGGCCCGGCCCUCUGCACCGUGGUCUUCCUGCUCGUCUACUUCUUCGGCAUGGCCAGCUCCAUCUGGUGGGUCAUCCUCUCCCUCACCUGGUUCCUGGCCGCCGGCAUGAAGUGGGGCAACGAGGCCAUCGCCGGCUAUGCCCAGUAUUUCCACCUGGCUGCCUGGCUGCUCCCCAGCGUCAAGUCCAUCGCUGUGCUGGCGCUCAGUUCUGUGGACGGGGACCCCGUGGCCGGCAUCUGCUACGUGGGCAACCAGAGCCUGGAGAACUUGCGGGGCUUUGUGUUGGCCCCGCUGCUCAUCUACUUGGCCAUCGGCUCCAUGUUCCUGCUGGCCGGCUUCGUCUCGCUCUUCCGCAUCCGCAGCGUCAUCAAGCAGCAGGGUGGCCCCACCAAGACCCACAAGCUGGAGAAGCUGAUGAUACGCCUGGGCCUCUUCACCGUGCUCUACACCGUGCCAGCCGCCAGCGUGGUCGCCUGCCUCUUCUACGAGCAGCACAACCGGCCCCGCUGGGAGGCCACGCACAACUGCCCCUGCCUGCGCGACCAGCAGCCCGACCAGGCCCGCCGCCCUGACUAUGCUGUCUUCAUGCUCAAGUACUUCAUGUGCCUGGUGGUGGGCAUCACCUCCGGUGUCUGGGUCUGGUCUGGCAAGACCCUCGAGUCCUGGCGGGCCCUCUGCACCCGCUGCUGCUGGGCCAGCAAAGGUGCUGCUGUGGCAGGGGGCACAGGGGCAGGAGCAGGUGGGCAGGCGGCCAUCGCCGCCGCAGGAGGACUUGGGGCUGGCGGCGGGGGCUCCCUCUACAGCGAUGUCAGCACCGGCCUGACGUGGAGGUCGGGCACCGCCAGCUCUGUCUCCUACCCCAAGCAGAUGCCCCUUUCUCAAGUGUGAGGAGGGGGAAAGAGGCCAAAGGUUAGGGAAUGAGGGACACUGGCCUGCCUAAAAUGCCCCCUCACUGUUUGGUGCCAUUAAUGAACCCCUAAUGGUCCUUAUUAGCCACAGCUUGUAUAGAACAAUGCAGCUGGCAGAGGCCCCAGGCUCCAGCCCCCUCCUCCUUCCCCUCCAUUCAUAUGCAGGGAGCAUGUACUUCAAGGAGCCAGCUUAUUAUUUUGCUGGCAGAGGAGGGUAGAGGCUCACCCGUGUCUUGCAGAGGGCAAGUCACAGCGGCUUCUGAUUCACUCUGGACUAACAGCAGCUCUUCCCUCAUGGGAGGGAGGGUCUUCCUUCCCCACCCCCCCAUCCCGAGGUGGGAGUCCGCUGGGACUGCAGGUUUUUGGGAUAUUGAUGACCAGGCAAAUGCCUUACAAUACAGACUGAAUCAAAACAUGUCUUAAUUAUACACCCCAGCUAAAUACGGGUUUCCUACAUUAAAGGAUGUAUUUAUAUAAUUAUUUGUUACCUUGUACAGAUGUGUAAAAUAUGUAUAUAUCCAAAGCUAUACAGUCUGUAAAUUUUUUUGUAAAAAAGUGUAGAGGCUACCCCUGUAAGAGCAAAUAUGAGUAUUCUAUUUUGUCAAUAAAAUGACUUUUGAUAAAUGA